GCCACGUGACACCAACACAUGCGUAUUUUGUCCCCACCGAAAUACUGCACGUUUUUCAGAAAUAAAAGUUAGCUCGAUUUUCAAACAAUGCCGAAAGCCAAAAAGAAAAGUAAAAGAAACACGUUUGAUUACAGUAAAGAUAGAAAGAAAUUGAAAAAGCAGUUUAAGAAAAGGGAAGCCCCGAGAAUUGAAUGUCCUCAGAUCCGAAAUGCCUGGAGUGACAAGAAGUCUGUGGCAAGGAACUUGCGAGACAUGGGUCUGGCAUUUGACCCUAACCGUGCCCUCCCAAUUAAGACACUGACGUUUGCUGCUGUGGCGAGAACUGAAGAAGCUCCCACCCUCAAAUUCGUAAGGAAGCCAUACGUUCUCAAUGAACUUGUAGCAGAGGCCAAUCUCCCAGAGAAAGACACAAAGACUUUAUCCACAGACUUGAUAGAGUAUGUGCAGUACAUGAUCAGGGAACACAGCGAGAACUACAAGGCUAUGGCCAGAGAUGAGAAGAACUAUUACCAGGACACGCCCUCACAGAUCAGGAGGAAAGUGGACCAGUAUAAACGCUGCCAUCCAGAGGAAUACAACACCUUUGUGGAGUUUCUCAAGGGUGGGAAACCUGUUUCCACAUAACUGGGCCUGUCUGUGGUGGUCAAAGAUGUUCAAUGUAGCGAGAGAUCAUUACUCUUCAUCAGUGGAGGCAGUCUGGGAGUGCUGACUCAAAAGUAUUUUGUUACUUUGAUGGACAGAGGGAGUCAUGGUGCACUCAGCAACUCUCCUUCAAUCAGAAUGGAUGGUAAAUUGUGAUUCUAGAAACUGUCACCAUUUUAGAAAAAGACCAGACAUUUUCAACAUGCAUAAAAUCAAACACUUUAUUAUAUUUGUUCAUACUUCCCAUAUGUAUCCCAAAAAUACAGUUACACAAAUUCCAUACAGUAAGAACAUUUAAGACUGCUUUUGUAAUGAAGUGAACAUGUAUAUUUGUAUUGGCAAAUUCCACAGUUAGUGGUGAGACUAAGAUUUUUCACUUUAAAAGUGCAUGCCAAACGCAAACCAAUGAUUGAAAAGUUAAACCAUACAACUGUGGGAAUGUCAUACUUCCCCUGAGUCGGAUGAACUCUUGGAUACCAUUGGUGUCUCUGCGUGUGGUUUAAAGGAAGUUGCUAACCAACGCAAUUGCAAUGACUUCCAUUGCGCUAACGCCAGUUAGCAUUGGCUUGUGAAACUACCUCAAAUCAAAGUUUAUUUGUCACAGUGAAAUGCUUACUUAUAGGCUCUAACCAAUAGUGCAAAAAAGGUAUUAGGUCAUUUAACUCUGGGGAAGUAUAUAACGGGGCUCACUGCCUAAAUCCCUAAAUAUCUCUAACAAUUCACUAGGAAUUUUAUAAAAACACAUUUACUUGAACAGUGCAGAUACAAAGUUUGAUAGACAUUUUUGUUCACUUGUCUGGAAAUUGUUUAAAGUAGUCUUUGUGUAUGUACGGUUUAACUUUGCAGUCAUUUUGGUUUGGCAUGCAUUUUAAAGUGGAAAACCUUAGUCUCGGCAUCACUCUUAACGUGGAAUUUCCCUAAGCCGUUAUCAAUGCGUUUCCCUUUUUGAAUAACAUAAGAUAUAUAAACAUAGCACAUCGUUUGUGCAAAAGGUUAGAAUGUCACUGCAAAACCAAAACGAAAAAUAAGACAUUGGAGUUCGUUAAAUCUUUAAAGCAACAUAAAUAUUACAACUGAACACAACAGAAAUAUGAAACAUGCUCUAGAUUAUCAAGAAACAAUAGCGAUAUCAAGGAGUACGGAUGGACAUGGGUAAUUGAAUAUCAGAACGGAAGUUAGAAUACUAUUUGUGUGUACAUUUUUCAAGAGGGGGAAAAUAAUGACAUUAAAAAGCUUUGUCUAAAUGCAAUUAUCCAUGUGACA